CAGCUGUGUGUUCAGAGGCACCUGUGCAUGAGGAGAAGUUUGUUCUAUGGCCUCAGAGCUGGGUGCCAGGGAGGAUGGCAGCUGCUCAGAGCUGGCAAAACCCCUUUAUCUGCAAUAUCUGGAGAAAGCUCUGCAACUGGAUCAGUUUUUACGACAGACGUCUGCCAUCUUUAACAGGAGUAUAUCCAGCGAUGAAAGUGAAGAUGGAUUGGAUGACAAUCCUUUGCUGCCUCAGUCUGGGGAUCCCCUGAUGCAAGUUAAGGAAGAACCUCCAAACUCUUUGCUUGGGGAGUCUUCUGGAGCAGGGAAUUCCGGGAUGCUGAAUACGCAUUCCCUGAAUGGAGUACUGCAGCCAGAACCAAAGUCUGAAAAAGGGAGCUUGUAUAACUUUUCCAAACUGAAAAAGAGCAGAAAGUGGCUGAAGAGUAUCCUUCUGAGCGAUGACUCCAGUGAUACAGAUUCACUAAGUGAUGAGGAUGGGGAGGAGGAAGAAGAAUUUUCUCUUUCAAGGGAGGAACUUCACAAUAUGCUGCGAUUACACAAAUAUAAGAAACUGCAUCAAAGUAAAUAUAGCAAAGACAAAGAGUUGCAGCAAUAUCAGUACUACAGUGCAGGACUGCUGUCUACACAUGAUCCUUACUAUGAGCAGCAGCGCCAUCUGCUAGGGCCCAAGAAAAAGAAAUUUAAAGAAGAGAAAAAAUUAAAAGGCAAGUUGAAAAAAGUAAAGAAAAAGAGGAGACGGGAUGAAGAACUGUCUUCAGAGGAGUCACCACGACGCCACCAUCACCAGACCAAAGUUUUUGCCAAAUUUUCUCACGAUACACCACCACCUGGGUCCAAGAAAAAGCAUUUGACUAUUGAGCAACUUAAUGCACGUCGGCGGAAAGUGUGGCUUAGCAUUGUUAAAAAGGAGCUGCCAAAGGCAUACAAACAAAAAGCCUCGGCCCGCAACCUUUUCCUAACCAACAGCAAAAAGCUUGCCCAUCAGUGCAUGAGAGAGGUACGUCGAGCUGCUAUCCAGGCCCAGAAAAACUGUAAAGAAACUCUACCACGAGCACGUCGUCUUACCAAGGAGAUGCUUCUCUAUUGGAAAAAGUACGAAAAGGUGGAAAAAGAACAUCGUAAACGAGCUGAGAAAGAGGCUCUGGAGCAACGCAAGCUGGAUGAGGAGAUGAGAGAGGCCAAGAGGCAGCAGCGAAAACUUAACUUCCUGAUCACACAAACUGAAUUAUAUGCCCAUUUUAUGAGUCGUAAACGAGAUAUUGGACAUGAUGGAAUACAGGAGGAAAUCCUACGCAAACUGGAAGACAGCUCUACCCAAAGGCAGAUUGAUAUUGGUGGAGGAGUAGUGGUCAACAUCACCCAAGAAGAUUAUGAUAGUAACUAUUACAAGGCCCAAGCUCUGAAGAAUGCUGAGGAUGCUUACCAGAUUCAUCAGGCCCGGACCAGAUCAUUUGAUGAAGAUGCAAAGGAGAGUCGGGCAGCUGCUUUACGAGCUGCUAACAAGUCUGGUACUGGCUUCGGAGAAAGCUACAGUUUAGCAAACCCGUCUAUCCGGGCAGGAGAGGAUAUUCCACAGCCUACUAUUUUCAAUGGAAAACUGAAAGGUUACCAACUGAAAGGCAUGAAUUGGCUGGCCAACCUAUAUGAGCAGGGCAUCAAUGGAAUCCUGGCAGAUGAAAUGGGUCUGGGUAAAACAGUACAAAGUAUUGCUCUUCUUGCACAUCUGGCUGAGAGAGAGAACAUCUGGGGACCUUUUUUAAUAAUUUCACCCGCCUCUACUCUUAACAACUGGCACCAGGAGUUUGCCAGAUUUGUACCUAAAUUUAAGGUGCUACCUUACUGGGGAAAUCCCCAUGAUAGAAAGGUGAUCAGGAAGUUCUGGAGUCAGAAGACAUUGUAUACUCAGGAUGCUCCUUUCCACGUGGUAAUUACCAGUUAUCAGCUAGUAGUACAGGAUGUGAAGUAUUUCCAGCGAGUGAAGUGGCAAUAUAUGGUGCUGGAUGAAGCGCAAGCACUCAAGAGUAGCUCCAGUGUUCGUUGGAAGAUCCUACUACAGUUCCAGUGUCGAAACAGAUUGUUGUUGACUGGGACCCCAAUCCAGAACACAAUGGCUGAGCUGUGGGCCCUGCUGCAUUUUAUCAUGCCAACACUGUUUGAUUCCCAUGAAGAGUUCAAUGAGUGGUUUUCUAAGGACAUAGAGAGCCAUGCAGAGAACAAAUCCGCCAUUGAUGAGAAUCAGCUAUCCCGCUUGCACAUGAUCCUGAAGCCUUUCAUGUUGAGAAGAAUCAAGAAGGAUGUGGAAAAUGAGCUGUCAGAUAAG